UGCUUACGCGCGCCCGCGCACAUUUGUGCAACAUAUUAUCCGUAUCUACGCCAACGCGUAGUGUACUGUAGUGUACCUCGAUUUGUUCGACACAUCCGUCUCGUUUUGUGCGUUGUGAUCGAUUUGCAAUUGUAUUCCAAGCAUCUAAGAGAAAAUUACUCGCUCCCUCGAAGUCGACGGAGUCCAUUUGAUAUAUCCAACAACGGCAAACAGGUUGAAGAAAUCGUCGGUUGCAACCUAUAUUUUUGUAUCCAUGGAAGGGCCAUGUAACCUAUAUUAGUGAAGUGUAGCAAAUGGAAGGUUUUAAGGUGAAAGAUGAACCGAUGGAUGCAUUAGCCAUAGACAAUCAGGUUAUGGUAAACUUCUUGUAUGAAACAGCAGCAGGAUGAGAACAUUGUGAGCGUCGUGCUUAAGGAGGAACCCGGUGAUAGAUUUGAUCCGGACUACAUGGAGGAUAUUUGCUCUGGUACUUUUGAGAAAGGCACUUUAUUCUUGCCUAUCGAAAACAAUGAAGUGGAUUUCUCCAACGAGAUGCUUUAUAAACUUUUGCAGGUAAAGCUAGAGUUGGAAGGAGAGUCCACCAGUCAUCAGAACUGGACAACACAAAUAGCAAAUACUAAUUUAUGCGAUAAGGAGGAUGGUGUAAUGCAACGAUGUUUGGCUAAUACAAAUUUUAUACAAACACAAGAACCCGACAAACAUUACUGUCAAAACGGGCAGCAACCCAAGUUUUAUAAAAUACAAUGCUCAAUAUGCAAAAAGUGGUUUCUGAACAACGAUUCUAUGGUGACACAUCUGAGAAUGCAUUGUAGCGGAAGUCAGUGCGAGGUUUGCCAACAAAAUUUUCCUGAUAAUUCUAGCCUGCAUGCUCACAUGUUAACUCACGUUGGAAUGAGCCCAUUAGAGUGCAGCAUCUGUCAAAAAAGAUUCGCUUAUAAGUGGAGCUUGAGAAGUCACAUGCAAUUGCACGUAUUGGACAAACCGUACGACUGCGAUGCGUUGCAGCAGGCAUUCAUGAAGCGAGCGAAUGUCAACGAGCAGAUGAUGCAUAUGGAAGAAAGGCCUUUCGAAUGCGACGUGUGUCACGUGACAUUCAAGGAAAAAGUUCACUUGAAUCGGCACAUGUCCAGCCAUACGACGGACAGACCCUACAAGUGCACGAUUUGCUUUGAGGCGUUCAAGGAGAAGGCGAAACUGAACAUGCAUAUGCCGCUUCAUACAGGGAACAAGAAUUUCAAGUGUACACUGUGUCACAGAUCGUUCGCUCAGAAAACGGCGCUCAACAAUCACAUGCUGGCGCACAGCGGCGAGAAGCCACACGCCUGUAACAUUUGUGAGAAAACGUACAAGAGAAAAUCAGAAUUGAUUAGGCAUUCUAUGGUUCAUACCGGCGAAAGGCCGUACGAGUGUAAAGAGUGCUUGAUGACUUUCCGAGAAAAAGCCAAAUUAAAUUCUCACAUGUUGGUCCACACGGGUGAGAAGCCGCACGAGUGUCACAUCUGUCACAAGGCGUGCGCGCGAAAAUCGGAUUUAAAUAGCCACAUGCUGUUGCACACCGGUGGUCAAUACGACUGCACGGUUUGCGAUAAAAUUUUUACCAGAAAGUCGGAUCUGAAUAGACACACCUUGAUACACACGGGUGAGAAACCGUUCGCGUGCAAUAUGUGUGAUAUGGCGUUCAGGGAAAAGACAAGAUUGAAUUCGCACAUGCUCAUACAUACGGGCGAUAAGCGGCACGCGUGCCAUAUUUGCCAGAAAACGUUUAAAGAAAAAUCAGCAUUGAGGAAGCAUAUGUUAAGUCACACCGGCGACAGACCGUACGAAUGCUACGUGUGUCACAAAGCUUUCACGCAGAAAACCACGUUAAACAGCCACAUGUUUGUACACGCUAGUGAGAGACCUUUCGAGUGUAGUACUUGUCAAAAAAUUUUCAAGGAUAAAGCGGCGUUAAAGAAACACUUAUCGAUGCAUGUUAACGAAAAAACUCACGAAUGUCUUAUUUGUAUGAAAAAAUUCGCCCACAAAGCAGCAUUAAAUAGUCAUCUGUCCACGAAUCACAUAUCCUAACUAUACGGAUCUAGUCUAUUACGGCUUUCUGUUUCUUUACAUUGAGCACCGUAUGUUUGUAGUUGUAUAGCAUAUUUCCAUGAUUAUGAAUUACAUCUAUAUCUGUUUUAUAUGCCAAUAGAUCGAAUAAAGUCGUAUUUUUUCCUGUAUAUGGACAAGUAAUAAAUUAAUUUCUAAGUAA